AUGUCUACCAAAUUUGUCUGUGAAUUCAAUAGUGAAACAACUUGUAUAUUGAUAACAAAAAAUGAUCAAGUUUAUUCAAUUGGUUAUUUAGCAAGCAAAAUUUAUUCAAUACCCGGAAACUAUGCACAAUUUAUCGAUGAAUUAUCCAAUGAAACUAUCGAACAAUUCUAUAAUGGUAACAAUUAUUUGCUAGCCCUAAAUCACCUGGGUCAACUAUAUUCAAUGGGCAACAAUUAUUAUGGUCAAUUAGCUAGAUCAGAUUAUGAUGAUAGAUUUUUAAUAGCCCAACGUAUACCCAAUAAUAUGAUUAGUGAUUCAACCGAUUCAACAAUUAUAAUGAUUUCGUGCGGUUAUUAUCAUUGUCUGGCACUGACCACAAAUAAUAGAUUAUACGGUUGGGGUUUCAAUGGUUAUCAGCAAAUAUUUGUUAAUAAUAGUUAUCCAGAUAAAAUCAAGACACCCAGUUUAUUACCUGAUUAUUAUUUCGAUUCAAACCAGAUCAAUUAUAUCAAGUGUCAGGGUCAUAAAUCUAUUGUAUUAACCCAAUCGGGUUUAGUCUACUAUUGGGGUAAUCGGGUUACUAUUAUUAAUGGCAAUCAUCAAUCAUCAAAACCAAACUAA